AUGGCAGCGGCCGCAUCGCGAAUCGAGCUCGCACUCUGCUUCGAGGAUGUCGCCAAGAACAUCUUCGGCAACGCCGACGGCACCAUGACCAGGGCCCAGCUGGCGGCUAUCCUCGCCGCGGACACCGGCCUCGGCCUGCAGCAGUGGGAGCUCAAGAUGUUCCUCGCCGAGUUUGACCUCACCGACAACAGGGUCACCGCGGACAAAUUCUGCUCCAUCUACUCGUACCUCGCCUCGCGUCCACCGACGCCCGCGGCGAAGGACGCGCCCGCGGUGGUCGCCGCCGUCGCCGCCGCACCCGCGCCCGGCCCCGACCCGGCCGCUUCCGCCGCCCCCGCAGACCCCGCCGCCGCACCCGCCGCCGCCGCCGCCCCGGUCGCGGUCGAUCCCGCCCUGGCCAAGCGGGCGUCGGAGAAGCUCUCGGGUCCCGCCGCCGCCGCCGUCACCUCGAUGGGCGCGGCGUUCCCGCCCGAUUUCCUCCUGGACCCCGCGGGCGCCAUCCCCGCGGAGAAGCUCCUGGCGAACCUCCCCGGCGACGUGUACGCGGACCCGGACGCCAAGUUCCGACCCUUCGACGGCGUCGGUCAGUACGCGAAGAUGCCGAUCCUCGGCGGGUGCGGAGCUCCGUACUCGGUGUGCGUGAAGAGCUCGAGGGAGUACCUCCGGGAUUUGCCCCCCGCGCGAGACGUGGUGCGCUUACUGCACCUGAGGCCCGACGACGACGCCUUCGUCCCGCAUCCCAACGGAAUCUCCGUCGUGCUCCUCGCGUUUGCGAAACUCGUCUCCGCCGACCUCGGCCUCGGCGGCGACUCCCUCGCCGCCAACAACCCGAUGAGCUCCUACCUCGACCUGCAGGUGCUCUACGGCACCAACGCGGGGGAAUGCGACGACGUGAGGGGCGGGACCGCCCGGGGUAAGAUCUUACCGGACGCCGCCGCGGGCCGCGGGCACGUCGGCGGCGCCGCGAUGGAAGCGCUGCUCACCGUCUUUUCCCGUAACCACAACCACUUGGCCGAGGCCAUCGCGGCGGAGUGCGGGGAUGCGGACGACGAGUCGGUGUUCCAGAUGGCCAGGCACGCCAACAUCGGCGCGUACCGCUCGGUUUUCCUUAAAGACUUUUUGCCGUACCUCGCCGCGGGUCAGCACACGCCGGACGUGGCGCCAAUCGGCGACGCCGCGCGCGGGACUGUUCGCGGGGUAAACGGGUGCGUCGAGAUGGACCUCCUGAUGCGAACCUUCAACGCCAUGGAGCCCCCCGGCGGCAUGGGCGGCACGGGCACGGGCGACGGCACCGGGGACGCGUGCGCCGCUGCGCUCGCGGAGGCGAGCAACGUGAGAUGCGGAUUAGUCGCGCGGUGCAACCUCCCGGGCAGACUUCACGCCGAGGAGGUGGCGGCGGUGAAGCGCGCGAGGGCCAGCGGCGUGUGCACGCUGAACGAGUUUCGCGCGCAGCUCGGGCUGGCGGCUUGGGAAUCUUUUGAGGAGAUGACGGGCGGCGAGACGUCGCUGUGCGAGAAGCUGACGGCGGUGUACGGCGACGUGGACAACUGCGAGCUGUACACCGGCCUGCUGUGCGAGUACAACGUCGGUAACGUCGGCGCGAUGAUGCCGGCGACGUCUCACGCGUGUUCGCUGCUGUUGAACGUCGUCGCCGCGGAUAAGUGGUUCCAGGAGGACGCGCUGAGGGACGAGAGCGUGAUGGGCGGCGCCGUGGGCGUGAGGCUCGCGGAGCAGGCGAACCUCGAAGACCUGCUGAGCCAACACGCGAGGGUCGCGCCGCCCGAGGGCGGCUACGGCGUGUUCGAAAUCGGUGGAUAUCAGGUAUUACCUUAG